GCCUAUACCAGUAUAAGACUGUAGGUCUACAGCUGAAGGAGGUGAAUGUUCUGUAUGCUCACUUAUUUUUUUGACCUGCCUGUAAUCGAUAAUUUAAUCUGUUUGAAGUAUUUGCGUGAGUAUUCCAGCCUAAAUUAUUUUAAUGAGUAGCUCAGUAAUUUUGGAAAAUACAAUGCAACUUCGGUCAGAGAGAACAAUAGCGUAUUGCAUACCCAGUAUUUAAACUGCUGAUAAGAAAUACACGUCGAAUAACCACAUCUAAUUUCGAACCGGUCUUAUCUAGACGGACAUAGGACAAUGGCGACGUUAACAAGCCAGGAUUCAACCGCCCAAGCGCGGGUUUAUUUCCAAACGCCUCCCGGUACCGAUGAUUCAGAAGUCGUCCAGAAGCAAGGCCGGGUAACCGUGAAAUACGAUAGAAAAGAGCUGAGGAAGCGACUCAAUUUAGAGGAGUGGAUAAUUGAGCAGUUAACGGAUUUAUACGACUGUGAGGAGGAGGAGAUUCCAGAGUUGGAGAUUGAUGUGGAUGAGCUGUUGGAUAUGCCCACUGAUGAAGACCGGGCAUCCAGGGUCAAGGGUUUGCUGGUUGACUGUUAUAAACCUACAGAUGACUUUGUCACGGCUCUCCUAGAGAAGGUUAAAGGUCUGCAGAAACUCAGCACUCCGCCCAAAAAGAAUGACAAAUCUUCUCCUUAGCCUCAGAACAACCCCAACUGAUUACAACUCAGUUCUACACAGGGAUACCCAGCUAGAAACCCUCAGCACCUAGAAUCCUUCAAUCAGCAGGAUUGGUAGAGGGAAGAAGAUCGACCAAUCAAAUCUCUGCAGCAGGGAUUACUAUGUCUCCGUCUUUGUUAAAACUAUUUGUGGAUUUAUAAUCAUGUUAAACAUAUACAGUAGUAAGUGAUGAGUGUUCAAAUAUCAGAAUAUAGUACAGCAUUGAUAAACUGAUGACAUGGAGGAAGAACAUGACAACAUUUAACUUGAGCUAUAAGUCACCAACAAAGCUUGGCAAGUACAUAAACCUCAUGACAGCUCAUAGUGAGUCAUUACAGAUGCAACUUUAUGCAGUCUAACAAAUGUAACUCUUUGGUUAGUUGAUUAGUCAACAUCACUGUAUGUAUAGUAACAGCUAGAAAUAGUGAACUAUCCAUGGUUGGUAAUAGUUGGAGCCAUGUCAUUAUUACGAUGCCAUUUUAACUAGGAUUUAUAGAGAAGCAAAGUGUUACUCGAGAAUGGUUUAUUUGGGGAAACGGUAGUUAAGUCUGUGUAAGCCGAGCACUGUCAUCACCUGUCUAAUAUAUUUUUUGAAAGGGAAGCAUGAAGGGCUUUUCAACAUUUCACACUGGACUACUGGGAGUGAAAAUUAUGCUUUCUGUUACACCUUUGACAUGAGCAAGUGUGGACAGUUAUCAAAGACAAACACCAGCAUGCCACACAAGGCACUGUAAUAACAUCAGUAGCCUACGCGUUUUCAUUGCGCACAUUUUUUGUUAAAUAUACAUUUUGGGAAUAAUGCAUGACUGACUCUAUAAAACACAGGAAAACAUUUGCAAAUUAGGGUUAGAGCCCAUUUAAAUCCAUGACAUGAACUGUCACUACAGUGAAUGCUUUUGAGUACUACUAUAACAUAUGGUUCAACUGUUUCCCCCUCCAUAUCCUCCACCCUGGUGCCUGAGAGUGACGGGGUGGGUCUGUUUCUCAGACCUGACCCAAGUAGAUAAAAAACUAUAUAAAGCGAAGGCCUUUCAACUUGUUUCUCAAACCCAAAACACUUAAGUCAUUAACCAUACAGUAAGCACUGCGAAAAGGACUUCGGACUUAGAAGACUACAGCAAUGACUGUAUCGACUAUUGUGGAUUAAGCAAUGUCUUUGAAAAGUAUGACAAUUGGUCCUGCAUUUCGCUGUGCCCGCAUGUUACACCUCAUUACUAUAAUUCCUUAAUCUUUUGGACGCCAUUGAGAUGUUAUUUUGGGCAGGCUUUUAACUACCAGAUUCGCAGUGCAUCUCCUAGAACCUGCAUCACGUUGAAGACUGAAUUAAAUCAUGAACUGGGUUACUGCGUUCAUUUAGAGUGCUGGAGGUACAGUAGGCGACUGCAUAAUCUGUGGUGUGUGUGUUUAAGAUGUGAUUGCAAAACUGUAGUGACGUAAUGUAGCAAUACUUAAUGGUGCUGUUUAACAAUUUGUUACAUUUUUAUUAAAAUUCAAUACGUGUUUUACCUACUCUGA